CAUAUUGAAAAUUUUGUCAACCAAAUGUGUUGCGUUUGUUGCGGGCGUCGGUCGGUGUCGGUUGCUGUCUCAGUUCUACGUCACGCGCUCCCCGGUUCCCCCGAUUUUUGUGCAGUGUAAAGUGAAACUCAAGCCAAGCCCCAAGUGAAAAGUGCAACUGCCAAGGGCAAUUAGAAAUUGCACCCAUUUGAGAAUCUCGUUAGAUCUAAAAUAUUGAAAAUAAUGACAAAGUACAACAAUAAUCCUGGCGGCAUGCUGCCCAACAACAACAACAACAGCAUCAUUAAGCAGGAGUACAACAACUAUGCUCAGCAUGACAACUACAACAUGGUCCAAUCGACGCACCAGCCCGCUCCCCACUACACUCAUCCCUCGCACCAGACCCUCCAGCACUUCUUCAGUCGCUUCAAUGCCGUCGGCGAAGGCGUCAACGCCAACGCCUGCAGCUACCAAAGCGGCCACAGUCCGACGAGCAACGACAAACUGCAGAUGACGCCCUCGCCCAUCUACACCACAGACUACGACGAGAACAGUCUCAGCUCCGAGGAGCACGUCCUGGCACCUUUGGUGUGUGCUUCCGCGCAGUCCUCGCGUCCCUGCCUCACGUGGGCCUGCAAGGCGUGCAAGAAGAAGAGCGUGACGGUCGAUCGGCGAAAAGCGGCCACCAUGCGGGAGAGGCGACGACUGCGAAAGGUUAACGAAGCAUUCGAGGUGUUGAAGCGACGCACUUCAUCGAAUCCCAACCAGCGUUUGCCCAAAGUCGAAAUAUUGCGCAAUGCCAUCGAGUAUAUAGAGAGUCUCGAGGAUUUACUGCAGGAAUCGGCGCCCACUCGCGACAGUGACAAUCUAUCACAGAGUCUGAGCGGCAAGAGUUGCCCGCAAGAUUAUUUGAGCUCAUAUGCCGGAGCGUACUUGGAGGACAAGCUCAAUUUCUACAACAAACAUAUGGAAAAAUAUGGACCGUUCUCAGACUUCGAUGCCAGCUCCAGUGCGAAUGGUUCCAGCUUGGAUUGCCUGAAUCUCAUAGUGCAGAGCAUAAAUAAGAGCAGCAAUAGUGGCAUUUCUACGGCUCUCACAGGCAGCGGGCAAGGUCAAAGUGCAAAUGCGCACACGGCGACGAACUCAGCGGGGCACAAGGCAACAACAACAACAACGACGGCCCAAACAACAACAGCAACAACGCUGCAUGCAAAUUUUAAACAGAAAUGCAAUACUACUUAGUGGCAUGCACCAGUCUUAAGCCUUAAUCCCAUGUCUAGUUAAUUGUAAAUUGUAUAUUUUUAAGUGCCCCGAAGGAUACGCGCUAUACCCACCAAGCCAAAGCCAAAGAAGUACCCAGAGAGAGAUAAUUAGUUAGUUGUAUGUUAAUUAAAAG